AUGAACAUCGUCCUCGGCAUCACCGGAUCCAUCGCCGCCUACAAAGCAGCAGACCUCGCCAGCCAGCUCACCAAAGCUCAACACCAAGUCCACUGCGUCAUGACCAAGGCCGCCACCGAAUUCAUCACCCCCCUCACCCUGCAAGUCCUCUCCCGCAACCCCGUCCUCACCUCCCUCGAAGACGAGAAAAAUUCCUGGAAACCUGGCCACAUCGAACUCGCUGACAACGCCGACCUCUUCCUCGUCGCCCCCGCCUCCGCCGCCACCCUCGGUGCCUUUGCCAAUGGCCUUGCCCCCGACUCACUCUCCUCCAUCUACCUCGCCCUCCCCCCUGACACCCCCACCCUCAUCGCCCCCGCCAUGAAUGGCAAAAUGUGGCACCACCCCGCCACCCAACGAAACGUCACCCAACUCCAAAACGACGGCGUCAACUUCAUCGACCCCGCCGAAGGCGACCUCGCCUGUGGAUACCAAGGAAAAGGCCGACUCGCAGAAAUCGACGACAUCCUCGAAAAAGUCGCCCAUUUCUCCAAAUAA